AAGCACAACUUGUUAUCGGACAAAACGCCAAGCACUGUCGGUGUAAAAAAUGGGGAAAUUGACGUUGUAUGGCAUAGAUGCAAGCCCACCGGUUCGUGCCUGCUUGCUAACCUUGAAGGCAUUGAAUUUGCCAUUUGACUACAAGCAAGUGAAUUUGAUGCAAAAGGAACAUUUGUCAGAGGAAUAUUUGAAAAAAAAUCCUCAACACACUGUGCCUACCCUGGAAGAGGAUGGUCAUUUCAUUUGGGAAUCGCAUGCCAUUAUGGCUUAUUUGGUUAGUAAAUAUGGCAAAGAUGAUACGCUCUAUCCCAAAGAUCUAUUGAAGCGUGCUGUGGUCGAUCAACGUUUACAUUUCGAAACUGGAGUUAUGUUUGAACGUGGUCUUCGCAGCAUAACGGGACCAUUAUUUUUUAGAAAUCAAACGGAAGUUCCCCAACAAAGAAUUGAUGUCAUUGUGGACAUUUACAAUUUCCUGGAAACAUUUCUCAUGGAUACGACAUACAUGGCUGGAAAUCACCUGACCAUCGCUGAUUUUAGCAUUAUAUCAAAUGUAACAUCAUUGGUAGCCUUUAAGGAUAUUGACGGCACGCAAUUUCCCAAAUUAACAUCCUGGAUAAAACGCAUGGAAUCGAUUCCAUAUUAUCAAGAAACCAAUGGCAACGGAGCUAAGCAAUUAAUGGCUAUGAUUAAGUCGAAAUCAAUCACAAUUGUGCCUUGAUUUAUUGCAACUUAAAUUCAGUAAUGUAAAUAAAGGCCGAGUUCAUUUGGUGCA